AUGGACGAUAACGUAUCGCCAGAGGCAUUGCUUACAGGCCAUAGGAAGCUGAGGACCCCGGUACAAGUGGUCCCGUUCCCAGGGAGAAAACCCGUGGCUCCAUUGGAAGGCCAUGCUGACGACGACUUGGAGGCUGACGGCGGAGGCGGUGCUUGGAGAAGAGACCAAGCGGUACCCGCGGGGGAAAGCCCACGCUGGGCGGGCGGCGCGGACGAUGGGCCUAUUGACAGCAGCGGACAUCGUCGGGAUAUUGUGCGGAACACGUCGUACAUGCCGCGCCACCAUAAGUCGGAGGUUAACCCGUUCAUCAACCUGACGAUGCACCUCCCAUGGUACCAGUACCUGAAGAUGGUGAUCGUGGGCGUCACCAUACUGCCGUUCCGCAUCUUGUUCACCAUCGUCAACGUGUUCUUCAUGUGGUGCUUUGCCACUCUGGCUCUGGCGGGACUGUCAGAGGAGGGAAGAGAAAAGCCCUUCAGCAAGUGGCGUCGAGCGCUGAAGCACCCCAUCUGCUGGUGCCUUCGAUUUCAGUGUGCGCUCUUCGGCUUUUGGUGGAUUUCGGUCAAGGGGGAGUGCGCGGACAAGGAAGAUGCCCCGAUCAUCGUGUCCAAUCACGUCUCGCCGUUCGAGCCGUUCUACCUCGUCAGCAAGACGCAGGCCACUCCGGUGCAGCGGAUAGAGGACUCGCGGGCGCCGAUCGUGGGGACUAUUCAGAAGGCCAUGCAGAUUAUGUUUGUCGAUCGGGCAAAUCCUGCGUCGAAGAAGAAGUGUCUCCAGACAAUCGAGGAGCGAAGCGACCCGGCGUCGACCUUCCCUCGGGUGCUGGUCUUUCCGGAGGGGACCUGCACCAACCAGCGCGCUCUCAUCACCUUCAAGCACGGGCCGUUCAUCACGGGACAGAACAUCCAGCCGGUUACGGUUCGAUAUCCGCGGACGGACGGGCAUCUGGACCCGUCUUACCCUGCGGUAUCGCCAUCUCUGGUGGCGCUAGCUUUGAGGGUUAUGUGCCAGGUCUGGAACUGCAUGGAGAUCGAAUAUCUUCCUGUUUACGUGCCGACGGCCGAAGACAGGGACAAUUCCACCCUCUUCGCUCAGCACGUUCAGGAAUACAUGUCGCGGAGCCUUGGUGUCCCCGCAACGCAACACGCCUUCGAAGACGUGGCGCUCCAGUUCCAGGCCAUGAAGAUGAACCUAAACCCAGAGGAUGCCGUGGUGGAGUGGAGCCGUGUCCGGCAGUCGUUGGUCGGGCUCGAUGCCGGUACGGCGAAGGAGUACCUCAUCUCGUUCUUCGAGAUGGACGGGGAUAAAGAUGGAAGGCUUUCUCUAGAGGAAUUCUGCGCGCCUUGGAAGCGAAAGCGAGACGAGGAGGCGGAGAAACAGUCACGGGCCGCCAUGUUUCUCGCCGAGCAGAGGGAGGAGCAAAAACAAGCCGAGCACGAGAAGCAGGAAGCGCUGGCGGUACGGGCGACCGUGGCGUACACGGCCCCGGGGGGAGGGAAAGGGGGAAGCGGCCGCCGCGAGGACGACCAGCUCGGGCCGCAGGGGGGCGGCGUUAGUGCCCUGGAGGAAGGCAGGGGAGAAGGGGGAGGACAGGAGCGGGUCCCUUCUUGGUCGCUGAACCGCCCCGAAGAAGGUAUCCAUGGGCAAGGGGGGUCGCAUUCCGUUCCUCUUUGGCCUCCAGCGGCAGCAGCAGCACGUGGUCAAGGCGACGCUCUUGCCGCCGACGAGGGGGGACCACCCGAAGGCGCAAGAAGCACGACCGGGAGCGGCGCCGAACCGUGCGCCGCGGAGGACGAGGAGGAGUUGGAGGAAGAGAUGGCGUUAGCCGCGGCGGCAGCGGCGGCGGCGGCGGGGCUGCCCGGGCUCCUCCGGGAGGAGGAGAUGGAGAGGGCCUACGAAAUCUUCUGCGGAGGGGAGGAGCUGACGUUCCAAAAGAUUCUUGACCGGCAUCGGGGUGCUCGGGGGGUUGACGCGCGAAGGGAGGGUGGGACUGUUCAAGUUCAUUUAUUCGAUGUUGGAGGGGAGGCGACCGAGACCUCUUCCGCGGCAAGAGCUGGAGACUUUCAUCCGGCGGCUUCGACCAGACCUUACAGAGAAAGCGGCGAGGAGGCUCUUCGACAAGACGGCGGAGCUGAGGGGAGGCGGGGACGUUACGCGAGAAGGCUUCUUGGCCUUCGCCGAGCAGAACGGGUCCAUCCUCAGCGUGUACCAGGCCAUGCUGCUCAACGACAUCUUGGGCGUGGAGCGCGACAUCGUCGAGUUCGGGGUUGCUGCGGGCGAGGACUUCGGCGGGCUCGCCGUCGACACGACGGAGCUCGAGCGCACCCUUGACGAACUCGUCGGCCCAAGCGCCCUCGUUUAACCCUCGCUCGUGUCACGCUCGUGAGGCGCCCCUCCCUCGCUCACUCUUCCGUUGCCUGACACUGUUUGAAGAGAUUCCCAACCAGCUCGUUCGGAGGGGCUGGGGUGCAGCCUGUACGCUGGGCGACGGAGUCGGCCGGCGGCCGAUUGGCGCCCUUGCUACUGGUGUUUUGGGGUCCCGCCUGGCUGACGUCUGGCUCUACGAGGGCGAGUGAGUGAGCGCUGCCGUGGGGCUGGUUGGGCACCAUGUAGGCGGCGGCGGCGGCGGCUACGCGCGUGACUAAUGGCGUGAGGUUUUGGUUGGUUCGCCAACGAAAGGGGGGCGGAACAGCAGUGAGUGGUGUUGGUGCUGGCGGCGGAAGUUGUAGCCUCAGUAGGUUGACACGGCUGCACGGGCUGCCAUUUUGGGGACACCACUAUUAUUGUGAGAGUUGGCCAUGCCACGUUGCGGGUGUCCCAGCCGUCGAGCGCGAAGCUGGGCAGCGCAUGCCGUCAGCGGCGAGUGGGGGGCCAUCUGCCGCGUGCUUUUGUUGAUGUUGUUUUUGGCCCCGUCGUUAGGAUGGCCCGGCAAAAAAUGUUGAACUAUAUAAUUCGGGGAUACUCUGUUAGCAAACCCUGAGAUGUUAUACGGGAUGAUGUGCCAACUGGUUUUUCGUGCGAG